CGCUCCUCUUCUAUUGGUUGCCGGAAGCUGGGGCUCCGCGUCGGCCCAAUGGCAGCUCGGCACCAGCGUUGGACGUCAAGGCGUUGACGUCCUCCGGAUUCACCUCUAGCGCAGCAGCCAUGCUUCGCUCUUUCGGACGCCUCCAGCGGUUUAACUGCAACUUCCGGACUUUGCAGCAAGUUGGCGUGGAGUGCAAAGGUGCAACAAGUACCGCGUGCAGGAUGGCCAGCUCGGGCUUCCGGGUGGAGCGGGACACGUUCGGCGAGCUGAAGGUGCCCUCGGACAAGUACUAUGGCGCCCAGACGGUCAGGUCCACCAUCAACUUCAAGAUCGGAGGAGCGUCGGAGAGAAUGCCGCUUCAAGUCAUCCAGGCCUUCGGGGUCCUGAAGAAAGCGGCGGCGGUGGUGAACAAAGACUACGGCCUGGACCCCAACAUAGCCGACGCCAUUUGCCAGGCGGCGGAUGAAGUUGCGUCGGGCGAGCUGGACGACCACUUCCCUCUGGUGGUGUGGCAGACCGGAUCCGGCACGCAAACCAACAUGAACGUCAACGAGGUGAUCAGCAACCGAGCUAUUGAGAUUCUUGGAGGGCAGCUGGGUUCUAAAGACCCGGUCCACCCCAACGACCACGUCAAUAAGAGCCAGAGUUCUAACGACACCUUCCCUACCGCCAUGCACAUCGCCGCAGCCACCGAGGUCCAUCAGGUUCUGCUGCCCGGCCUGCAGACGCUCCAUGACGCCUUGGCGGCCAAGGCGGAGGAGUUUAAAGACAUCAUCAAGAUCGGCCGCACGCACACUCAGGAUGCGGUGCCGCUCUCGCUCGGGCAGGAGUUCAGCGGAUACGUGCAGCAGGUCAACUACAGCAUCCUACGCGUCAAAGCCGCCAUGCCCAGGGUGUACGAGCUGGCCGCCGGAGGCACCGCGGUCGGCACGGGCCUCAACACGCGCGUGGGCUUUGCGGAAAAGGUGGCCUCCACCGUCUCCGCCCUCACCGGGCUGCCGUUCGUCACGGCCCCCAACAAGUUCGAAGCCCUGGCGGCCCACGACGCCCUGGUGGAGCUGAGCGGCGCCCUGAACACGGUGGCCGUCAGCAUGAUGAAGAUCGCCAACGACGUCCGCUUCCUGGGCUCGGGGCCGCGCUCCGGCCUGGGGGAGCUCAUCCUCCCGGAGAACGAGCCCGGGAGCAGCAUCAUGCCCGGCAAGGUCAACCCCACCCAGUGCGAGGCCAUGACUAUGGUGGCCGCCCAGGUCAUGGGCAACCACGUGGCCGUCACCAUCGGCGGCAGCAACGGCCACUUUGAGCUCAACGUCUUCAAGCCCAUGAUGGUGAAGAACGUGCUCAACUCGGCGCGGCUGCUGGGCGACGCCUCCGUCUCCUUCACCCGCAACUGCGUGGCGGGCAUCCGGGCCAACAAGGAGAGGAUCGACAAGCUGAUGAACGAGUCGCUCAUGCUGGUCACCGCCCUCAACCCGCACAUCGGCUACGACAAGGCGGCCGCCAUCGCCAAGACGGCGCACAAGAAGGGCUCCACACUGAAGGCGGUGGCCGUGGAGCUGGGAUACCUCACAGAGGAGCAGUUUGACCAGUGGGUGAAGCCCAGCGACAUGCUGGGACCCAAAUGAACAACACCAGUCCUACACAAGAAAGGCACGGAGAUCACUCACUUUUAUGAGCGUGUGAGGACGCUGGGGGAAAUGAUUGAAGUGAAAUGAUCAUGACUUGGGGAUAAAAGCAGUGGUCAUGCAGCUGCUCCACAAUCUGCUGCUCCAAUUAUAUCACGUGCCAUCCUAAUUGUCUCCAACUGGACUGUACUUCACAGCUUUAAUAAACAAAGCAACGCCAACUUGUGUUCUUUUAAUUGUAACAACAUUUAAAAACAGUACAGCAAAUAUGCUGCAGUAAGAUCAAUGAUUACUUUGGUUAUUGUUGUUGAAAAACUCAAUCCUACUUGAAUUUUAUUUUGAAAUACAAAUAAAAAAAGGCCAAAGAGUAACAGGUUUUUGUUUUUUUUAAAUUGGUUUGUUUUUUCAUGUUAUAUUUCAUAUGAUGAAAAUGGAAGUCAGCAGAAACGGAAAAAAACAGGUCCAAAACAUCCAUCCAUCCAUUUCCUACCGCUUGUCCCUUUUAGGGUCGCGGGGGGUGCCGGAGCCUAUCUC